GGGGUUUGUACGACGGCAGGAAACUGGCCCCCGUCGGUCUCUGCUGCCUCCGCACAGACAGAGUUUGCCGUUGGCGAGUGGGUUCAGGUGACCUGUCGCCCGGAGCAGUACGAGGGGCGCCCGGCUUGGAUGCAGUGUACGGAGACGGCUGGGCGCGUGGAGUGGGACACGAGCAAUGUGAGCUGUGUGGAGAAAUGCCGCAGGCCACAGUGGGACCCCAGACUCCGGUUUGCGCCAGACCGGCCAUUUUAUGGCAAGAAUGAAGAGACGACGCUGAGCUGCCCUGAGGGGUCCCAGCCUUCGUCCUCUGUGAUCACAUGUAUGAGAUGGGGUCAGACCUGGAGUUACUGGGUUGUGUGGGACCGGGACAUCUGGCGCCAUAUCACAGAGAACGUUAACUGUGCGGCCCCAGACCAACCCGAGAUCGAGCCGCUGGAUCCCAGCACCAAAACCCUCAGGUGGAAGCCGCUGCCGCCCUGCAAAGGGGCGAUCGUCGGGUACCAGCUGAACAUCAUGGCCAGGAGAGAGUACGACAGCGAUUUCCUUGAGGUCGAGGAGCUGCGGGUGAAUCAGUCGGUCACCAAGUACCUGCUGCAGCCCUGGAGACACGGGACCAACUACUCGGUGACAAUCCAGGGCCUCACAGCUGCCGGCCUUGGGCAGGCGUCGCGCUGGGACUUUGAAACCAACAUCUCUGAGCCGGACAUCCCCGCCAGCGUCACUGCCCUGAGUGUCUACAGCAUCUCCCCUUCGAGCGGGACGGCUCUGCUCCCCCUGCAGCCCUUCCCUGAGCUCCAUGGACCCAUCAG